CUUCAACCUUCCGCAACAAGAUUCAAGCAAGCAGCUUUAAGAAAGAGACCAGAGACUCUAAACAGGAUGUCAGGAUUGGAAUUCCAGGAUCGGACUAACGGAAGACCUGUCGUGAAUCAUGAGGAGAUACGUAUUUCGCAACCCCUCCAUAUCAAGGCCGGCGAUCAUUUGGAGCUUGACUAUCUUCCCGGUCAAGGCAGUGGCAUAGUACCCUACCAACAUGUGAAGAUGCUAGGGCAUGGGGGAAGCGCCAGCGUUGAGGAGGUCCGCGAUAGCAAUACUGGUUUGGUUUAUGCUCGAAAGAUCAUCAGGAAUGUCUACACGCGGAACCUGGAUAAGGCGAAGCAGCAGCUUCUCAACGAAGUCCAAAUAAUGCAACGACUGGCCUCACAUCAUCAUAUCAUCAGAGUACAUGCUACUUACAUUAUGAAAAGGGAGCUAGCCAUCAUUCUCGAACCAGCUGCCGAUGGCGGGGAUCUAGCGAGUUUCUUGCAGGAUUACCGAGACAGUGGGUACUCUCUCUCAUCAGAUGAGUGGGGUGAACCUCUAGAGCAGAACAGGAUCCUUCGAAAAGCCUAUGGAUGUCUGACUUCUGGGCUCGCAUUCAUGCACCGACAAACCAUAAGGCACAAGGACAUCAAGCCUCAAAAUAUACUGAUACAUCAAGAAAAGUUCAUUUAUACAGACUUCGGCUUAUCCUACGACUAUGGUGACAUCGGCCAAAGUACGACUACCGGCUUUCCACAAGGUCUCACGAAGAGGUACUGCGCACCUGAGGUCGCUGAUUGGGGGAGUCGAAAUUCAAAGUCCGAUAUCUUCUCGUUGGGUUGUGUGCUUAUCGAGAUCAACGCAGCGCUUGAGCCCGAAUACGGAAACGACCGUCUGCUCGACGGAAAUUUCCACGAGACAUUGCGAGCCCGGUCUGAAGAAGAUCUGUUCACGUACGAGUGGGGUUGGGAUGUACGGCUCGACAUGAUUAGGUCAAUGGUGCAGAUUGAUCCUAUACGGAGGCCAUCCGCUAUGAGAGCCUUGGAACUUUUGUUUGUAGAUGGGCAUGAACGAGACGAUAACUUCUGCGUCCAAUGCAUUGAAGCCCAACAAAGUAUUGGCAGUCUUCGCUCCUCGGACUCGGAUGAAAAGUAUACUCUCGCUCCCGGUAUGGUGGUCGCAAACGCAGAAGCUUGCGAAACACAAUCAAAGGAUCUUGGGGGUGUGGCGGUGAAGGAUACUGAUGAGACAAUUGAUGAGCUGCCAGAUUACGAGGCCCACAGGAGGCGGCGAAGAGCUGAACGAGCUCAAGCACGGCAACGCAGGUUAGCGACGUUAGAGAAAACUAACGAUGUGACACCGAGAGAACAGUCAGAUCAACCCACAGAGUCGAGCGGUGAAAUUCGAAAACAGCAAGGAGCGGAAAGACCUCGAGCUAAGCAAUUCGGCGAUAUGGCGGUAGAGCUUGCUGCAGAUACCACAUCGGAAGAAGAGUCAGGCACUGUCGUUGAAAACAUCGACUACAACAGGAGGCGACGAAGAGCCGAGAGGGCCCAAGCAAAGCAGAACAGAUUAGGGGGAAAUCGUGUUGAGUUUUCAUGAAGUUAACUAUGACACAAAAGGGGCAUUAUGGCCUGUAGCCGUGGCCAACGAUCUAGUACAACUAUCUACUCAAAAGGAUAUCAAUCUUAUUUCUCUGGUCUUCGGAAAUGGUCUACAUGGGCAUACCGUCCAUACCAGGAAGCUGCUUCAUCCAGCCAUCAUGGUCCUCGUUGACGCGAGCCUUUACAUUACAGCUGUUACCAUCAGCGGGUUGCUGAGUCUUCAGGCUUCCGCAGCUAGCUCCCAUGCAGCCCUUAGCGUCAUCCAUAGCCUUCUGGAGCGAGUCAUCCUUCCAGCCGAAGACGUAGUCACCGUGCUGGCCGAAACCAGUGUUGUCGCCAGUCGAC